AUGCUGGAUAAAGACUGGGACGAUGUUAUCCGUACCAACGGCCUGCUCUGUGGCGGUCGCCUCGUCAUCACGCAGAGUAAAGAUGAGAACCCUGCAGUCCGUAUCGAGCGUGCUCCCCGUGCCGCUUUGGUAGAAAACUUCGUCGCCCACAAAGACGUUGAGCCCGCCACAGACGAUGAGCGCGAAUCAGAGGCGUACUCGGCAUGCGGCAUCACAAACGUAACGUCGACCGCAAAAUUCUCCCUCAGACUCAAGGAGAAGCCGCGAAUCAAAGUACCUGUGCAUUGA